GUCAACACGGUCAACACUGUCUACAAAUGUUAUCUUAAGACUACUCAAGAGUCAAGACAUAGAUUAAUUUUAUCAAGCCAGACAUUGUACCAAGUUUUAUCAAGACAAGAAGAUAAAUUUAAUAAUAAAUAACAAUACGUAUUACAACAACAAAAAAUGGCAGAUUCUGAUGACAAAUUGUCUUACCCAAAAAGUAUCAAAUUACCACCGUCUGUUGAGGUUUUUGCAAAUUUAAAAAAUGCUCAAAAUUUUGCAAUGGACAUAGGUUUAUCAUUGACAAAAAUUGCUUAUUAUUCAACAGUGAGUUAUCGUAAAGCUUUGUAUGAGGAUGAAAGUGAGGCUUCUGGUGAAACAACAUACAAAGUACAAGAAGGAAGUAGAUUACAUUUUGUUAAAUUUGAAACAACACAUAUUGAAAAUUGUCUUGAUUUUGUAAAAGAUCAUCUUGUUAAUGCUGAAAGAUUUCAGGGUAAAAGUAUAAAAAUAACUGGUGGUGGUGCAUUUAAAUAUACAUCAUCAAUACAAUCAAAACUUGGUUUAUUAGUUGAUAAAGAAGAUGAAAUAUGUUGUUUAAUAAAAGGCUGUAAUUUUUUACUUAAAAACAUUCCAUGUGAAUCAUUUGAAUUUGAAAAAAAUGGUAAUCCAGAAUAUAAAUUUGAAAAAGCUGGACCAAAUAUAUUUCCUUAUUUACUUGUUAAUAUUGGAAGUGGUGUGAGUAUAUUAAAAGUUGAAUCUGAUGAAGAAUUUGAGAGAGUUGGUGGUACAGCAUCUGGUGGUGGUACAUUUUGGGGUUUAGGUUCAUUAUUAACAAAAGCAAAAGGUUUUGAUGAACUCCUAGAACUUGCUGAACGUGGUGAUCAUCGUAAUAUUGAUAUGUUAAUUAAAGAUAUAUAUGGUGGUGAUUAUUCAUCACAAGGAUUAUCUGGUGAUUUAAUAGCAUCAUCAUUUGGCAAAGCAAUGUCAUGUAAUAAUUUACAAGGUGCUAAAAAAAAUUUUUCUGAAGCUGAUAUUGCAAGAAGCUUAUUAUUUACAAUAAGCAAUGAUAUUGGACAAAUUGCAAGUCUUUAUGCAACAAUUCAUAAUAUGGAUAAAGUUUAUUUUGGUGGUUAUUUUUUAAGAAAUCAUCCAUUAUCAAUGCAUACAAUAUCAUUUGCAAUUAAAUACUGGUCAAAUAAUAAAGUUAAACCAUUAUUUUUAAGACAUGAAGGUUAUUUAGGUGCUAUUGGAGCAUUUUUAUAUGGUGCUGAACAAUCUGAUCAGUAUAGUUGGCUUGAAAAUUAUGCUGGUUCAUCAGGUUUUAAAGAUUCAAUAGCAACUGGUCUUGGAAUAAAUAUUGAUCAAUUAGAAAUUGAUAGAGCUGAAAAUGCUGUUACAUUUUGUCCAUUAUUAAAAGAUCCAGAUACAUAUAAUCCAGAUACAACUGAUCUUGCACAAGAUAAAGAAGCUCGAGAUUAUUGGCUACAAUGUUUUGAAGAAUCUGUUGAUAAAUUUAUAGCAAGAGCAAUUCAUAGUCAACCACAUAGUCCAACAGCAAAAGAUCGUGCAAGUAAACUUAAAGAAAAAUAUGUUAAUAGAUUACAUUAUCUUCAUCUUCAGCCAUUUGCAUAUGGUACAUUAACAGUUAGAACAUUAUUAGAUACAAUUGAACAUUGUAUGAAAGAAUUUGAUUUUCCAGAUCCUUAUUUGGAUCAAAAAAAAAAAGAAAAUGAAGAAGCACUUAGUUUUUUAAAAGAACGUCUUGAUAUUUUAGAUAAUUUAGAAGGACAAGAAAAAUUAAAUGCAUUAAUAAUUGGUGUUUUAGCUGGUAAUAUGUUUGAUUGGGGUGCUAAAGAAGUUGCUGAUAUUAUGGAAUCAACAACAUUUCGUUUUGAAGAUGCACAAGAUAAAAUACCAGGUAGACCUUGGUUAGAAGAUAAUUUAGAUGCUUGGAUUGAAAGAUUACAAAAUGAAUCACCACAUAAAUGUGCAGCAAUAUUUGUUGAUAAUAGUGGUGUUGAUAUUGUCUUGGGUAUAUUACCAUUUGUACGUGAUUUACUACAACGUGGUACUAAAGUUAUACUUUGUGCAAAUUCAAUGCCAGCAUUGAAUGAUGUUACUUAUCCAGAAUUGUUGGUGAUCCUGAGAGAUGCUGCAAAAAUAUCCAAAGAUAUCAAGUAUGCAUUAAAAGAAAAUAGACUUAUGCCUAUGGAAACUGCUCAAGCUGGACCAUGUCUUGAUCUUAGUCGACUCAAUCUGGAUUUGUGUCUGGCAAUGGUUAAACACAAUGUUGACUUGGUUGUCAUUGAAGGCAUGGGAAGAACAUUACACACAAAUUUACAUGCUAAAUUAAGAUGUGAAUGUUUAAAACUUGCUGUAGUUAAAAAUCGAUGGCUCAGUCUUCGUCUUGGUGGUGAUAUGUUUGCUGUUAUUUGCAAAUAUGAACGAGCCACACUGCCAUAAAACAAAAUUAUUUUACCUUUCAUACUAUUGUCAAUAACAAAAA